AUGUGUAUGCAAUACAAAAAUCAAUCCAAUGACAGUCCAGCUGAUGAAUCUACGCCGCUCAUCUCUACCACUAAUGCUGACUUGCAUUCAAUUGAUAUUGACGAUUUAAGCGUGUCGGUUCAAAAUGCACAAAUCGCCGAACAGGAUAGGACGAAGCUGCGUAUUUAUUUCAAUUUAAAAGGACGUAUUGAUGCAAGGCAGAUGAUGCUAUCCAUUCACUUGAUCAGGUCUGAACCUUGA